CAUCAACAACAACAUAUAAUUGUUGUACGUGGAAAAGUUACUUCCGUAGAGAAACAAAAGUCAAAUAAAGACAAAUAAAGGUUCCACUAACUGCAUGUUUGCUGCAAGAUGUGGCAAAAGGUUGUAGCAUCCUCAAAAAAGUAUGAAGGAGCACAAAUGAAAUUUACUUAUGGAACAGCAGGCUUUCGUCAGAGGGCAAGUGAUCUAGAUUCUGUGCUGUUCAAAGUUGGGAUUCUUUCAGUUCUAAGAUCAAAAGCAAAAUGUGGCAAGGCAAUAGGUGUGAUGAUCACAGCAUCCCACAAUCCUGUUCAGGAUAAUGGUGUUAAGCUGAUUGACCCAAUGGGAGAAAUGUUGGAGGCAUCUUGGGAAAAAUAUGCAACUGCUUUGGCAAAUGCUAGUGAUGAUGAGCUUGGUGAUGUUUUGCAACACAUAGUGUCUAUCAACAAUAUAGAUAUGAACUCACCAGCCACUGUUAUUGUUGCUAGAGAUACAAGGCCUAGUGGAAAUACAUUACUUCUUGCUUUCAAAGAAGGUGUAGAGGCCAUGGGACACACAUGCAGAGACUUUGGUCUUCUAACUACACCACAGUUACAUUACAUAGUCAGGUGUCUAAACACGAACAAUGAAUAUGGUGAGCCUUCUGAAGAUGGCUAUUACAAAAAGCUUUCUUCUGCCUUCAAGAGCCUUGUCUCAUUGGCAGAAAAGUCGACAUUUUCUUCAAUCAAAUUGGACGGCGCCAAUGGCAUUGGGGCUUUAAAGAUGAACAAAAUGGCUCCUUAUCUUGAGGGUUUCGGUAGUUUAUUGGGUAUUUUUAAUGAUGGCUCAAACGGUGUUUUAAACCAAGGAUGUGGUGCAGAUUAUGUCAAAGUUCAACAGGCAGCCCCAGUAGAUUUUGUUUAUGAAGUAGGAGACAGAUGUGCUUCGUUUGACGGCGAUGCUGAUAGGAUUGUUUAUUUUUUCAAAGACGCCGAAAAUGUUUUUCACUUGUUGGAUGGUGACAGAAUCGCUACUUUGAUUGCUGCCUAUCUAAAAGAAAAAUUAGAUUUAGCUCAAAUCGAGCUUUCAAAUGGUUUAGGCGUUGUACAAACUGCAUAUGCAAAUGGCAGCUCUACUCAAUACUUGCAAACACAAAUGAAAGUUCCUGUGGCUUGCACUAAAACAGGCGUCAAGCAUUUGCACCAUAAAGCUCAGGACUUUGACAUUGGUGUUUAUUUUGAAGCCAAUGGGCAUGGCACGGUUCUCAUUAGUGAGGAAGCUGAACUAAAAAUUCGCAGUGCUGCCAAAGAACGAAGCAACGAUGUGGAGCAGAAGGCUGCCCAGUGUCUAUCUCAUUUUAUUGACCUCACAAAUCAGGCAAUAGGAGAUGCAAUUUCAGACAUGCUCAUAGUUGAGUGUAUUUUAAACGAAAAGAAGUGGACUUGUGCUGAUUGGAGCAAAUGCUACAGUGACUUGCCAAAUAAGCAGAGUAAAGUUCAAGUUAAAGACAGAACCGUCAUACAAACGACCGAUGCGGAAAGAAAAGUUUCAUCUCCAGAAAGCUUGCAAGAAAAUAUAGAUCAAUUAGUUGCUCGUGUUUCGAAUGGUAGAUCAUUUGUCAGACCGUCUGGUACCGAAGAUGUGGUUAGGAUUUAUGCAGAGGCUGCAACAAAGGAAGAGGUUGAUUUUCUCAGCACUGCAGUUUGUCGACUUGUAUACGACGAAUGUGGUGGUGUUGGUACACGACCAUGAAUAUCACCUUGGCCUAAGGCCUAUCAUAAGGCCAGAAGUAACUGUUCGAAGUGGACGCCAAUAUUUCCCCUAUAAUGUGAUCAAAUAAUGAACAAAAACUUUAAUGGAAAUCAUGUAUUUUAUAGUAGUGAUUUUGUUUCAGUAUGGGAAAUUGUUGUCA